CAGGUAAUGUGGUGAUGGAAUUCCAGUUUUAUAUGAGGUGAAUCUCAAAGGAGCGCUAAAAUGGCAGACAGGAUCCAGUUAUCGGAUCUAGUCUGGCUAAAACCAGAAAAUGCCACAGAGUUCGACCUUCCCAUAGCUGUGAAGAUAUUAAACAGUUCAGGCGACAGGAUCCAAGUACGAGAUGAUGACGGCAAGGUGUUUUCCACUUCGGUUCACAAUGUCCUGAAACCUUUGCACUCCUCCUCCGUCACGGGGGUGGAAGAUAUGAUCACGCUGGGAGAGCUACAAGAACACACGAUUCUAAGGAACCUUCAUUUGCGGUACAAUCAGCAGUUAAUUUAUACAUAUACCGGAUCGAUGUUGAUAGCAAUCAACCCAUACGAAAUUCUGCCAAUUUACACAAUGGAUCAGAUACAUUUCUACCAAGAGAGAGGAAUGGACGAGAUUCCGCCGCACAUCUUUGCUAUCGGCGAUAACUCGUACAGAGAGCUGUUGGAUACUGCGUCCAAUCAGUGUGUCGUCAUUAGUGGUGAAAGUGGCGCUGGAAAAACAGAAAGUACAAAAUUAUUGCUACAAUAUCUAGCAGCCGCUAGCGGAAAACAUUCAUGGAUCGAGCAGCAAAUCCAAGAGACAAAUCCGAUCCUUGAGGCAUUUGGAAACGCUAAAACUGUUAGAAAUGACAAUUCAUCUAGAUUCGGCAAAUAUAUCAACAUAUAUUUUAGCAAUAAAGGCGUCAUUGAAGGCGCCAAUAUAGAUCAAUAUCUACUGGAAAAAACGCGUAUCGUCUUUCAAAGCAAGGGUGAAAGGAAUUACCACAUAUUUUAUUCUCUGGUGACUGGAUUAGCUGCCGAUGAAAAAAAGAAACUAGAGUUGGGUCAUCCAGCUGAAUACAACUAUUUGAACUCUGGUAACAUGCUAACAGCUGACGGUCGCAAUGAUGGCGUAGAAUUUGCUGACAUUAGAUCAGCAUUCAAAGUUCUGAACUUCCCGGACAGUGAAGUGUGGGGAAUCUUCAGCCUUCUAGCAGCAAUCUUACACCUGGGUAAUCUGAAAUUUAAACCAUUUAAUUUUAAUAAUAUUGAAUCCUCUGAAGUUGCUGACGCGGUAAAUGCAAAUAGAAUUGCAGCACUCCUAGGGGUGAACAAAACUAAGCUCUGCGAUGCCUUAACAAGGAAAACUUUUGUCGCACAAGGGGACAAAGUGGUUUCAACGCUUACAGUGGCUGCAGCCGCAGAAGGUCGAGAUGCCCUUGUUAAAGCCAUAUACGGUCAUAUAUUCGAAUAUGUCGUCGAAGUCAUUAACAGAACGUUACAUAAAGAUCAGCAGCUGUCAAGCAAUUCUGUUGGUAUAUUAGAUAUUUUUGGAUUUGAAAAUUUCGAAAACAACAGUUUUGAACAACUCUGCAUCAACUACGCCAACGAAAACUUGCAACAGUUCUUUGUAAGGCAUAUUUUCAAGCUUGAACAGGAACAAUACGAGAAAGAGGGUAUUACUUGGACUAACAUUAAUUAUAAGGACAAUCAAGAUAAUUUGGACAUGAUUGGGCUUAAGCCAAUGAAUUUGCUGUCGCUCAUCGACGAGGAAUCCAAAUUUCCAAAAGGGACUGAUGUAACUCUUUUAUCCAAGCUUAAUAACAAUCACAGCAACAACAGUUGCUAUAUUACUCCAAAAUCAUCCCGUGACCACAGUUUUGGGGUCAGGCACUUUGCGGGAGAUGUCACUUACCAAGUAAAAGGUUUCCUAGAUAAAAAUAGAGAUUUGUUGACAGCAGAUGUUAAAGAGAUGGUCCUAGAUUCUAGUAACGUAUUCUUAAAAGGUUUGUUCGUUACUGAAGCCGCCUCAACCCAAAGUGGCAGUCGGAAGACUGUCUCACUCAGCUACAAGUUUAAAACAUCUCUUGAUGCACUAAUGAAAACUCUGUAUGCUUGUCAUCCGUUUUUUGUCAGGUGUAUCAAACCCAAUGAAUUUAAAAAGCCAAGAGUAUUUGAUAGAGCUCUAUGUGUUCGCCAAUUACGAUAUGCUGGAUUAAUGGAAACUGCAAAGAUAAGACAAGCGGGAUUUCCGAUUCGAUACUCUUAUUCAGAAUUCGUUCACCGGUACCGGCUUAUAGUGCCAGACAUACCACCAGCUGAGAAAACAGACUGUAAAAAUGCAACAAAAAAAAUUUGCACAGAAAUAUUAAAAGACCAAGAGUUCCGGCUUGGCCAUACAAAAGUUUUCCUCAAAGACAUGCAUGAUGCGAUACUAGAAGAAUUGAGGCAUAAAGUGUUAAUAAAUGCAGUAAUAAAAGUACAAGCCAAUGCUAGAAGAUUCAUUUACAGGACGAGGUUCUUAAAGAUGCGACAAGCUGCUAUCACGCUGCAAAAACAUUUCCGCGCCCGUGGAUAUAGAAACAGAUACUUAGUAAUGAGGAGAGGAUAUUUGCGAAUGCAAGCAGUAAUUCGAUCGAGGGAAUUGAGGAAGACAUUCGUAAACAUGAGAAAGUUCUUUAGGAAACUCCAAGCGCACAGCAGAGGCUAUCUUAUUAGAAAACUUAUUAAAGAUAAGGGACAUAUAAUUAAGGCUAAGUUGGUACAAUUUAAGAAGGAAAAAGAAGAACUAGAGCGAUCUGGACAAGCGGAUACUAAAGGUGCUGAAGAUGAUUAUGAAAAGAAGGUAACGGAACUAAUGAAGUCUAUUUGGAUUGUUAAGGACGUUCCAGUAGAAAACCAGCGUCAUAGCACAGCGGUUAUUGAUGACAGAUAUGUUGAUGAUGUGUUUGGAUUCUUAAAGGAUACAGCAACACCGGCAGGCACUGUACGCGUGCCUAGAUAUGGAAUUACUACCAAGCCAGUAGUGUCAGACGUAAUUCCACUCCCAAUAGAACAAGAGGAAGAAGAGGCAUUUGAUGAAUUCAACUUUAGAAAAUUUGCUGCCACAUACUUCUUGGGCAAUACUAGUCAUCAGUAUUCGAGGAAGCCUUUGAAGCAAUCGUUGCUGGAAUUGCCAUCUCCAAUGGACAAGAUGGCGUCACAUGCUCUGUGGAUUACUAUAUUAAGAUUCAUGGGUGAUAUGUCUGAGCCAAAAUAUGUGGAUGAUAAAAUUGAUAAUGUUCCCGUUAUGACCAAACUGUCUGACACACUUGGUCGGGCUUUCCAAAAGAGCAAAGAAUUUGAGGAGCUUAUGAUGAAAGAAAUGAACAGCGGUAACAACAACAGAAAUAAACUGAUUCAAAAAACACUAAAACGACAAAACAAAUUCAACGAUGAGUUAAUGAUGAACUUGAUGAAAGAUGAAAUCAAUAACGAUAUGUAUACCACUUGGCUGAAUGCUCGAAGAAGCACUAACUUGGAAAAACUGCACUUUAUAAUAGGCCAUGGCAUCAUCAGAAAGGAACUGAGAGACGAGAUUUUCUGCCAGUUAUGCAAGCAACUAACCAAUAAUCCUUCUAAAGCCUCUCAUGCAAGAGGAUGGAUUCUGCUCUCUCUGUGUGUUGGAUGUUUCCCACCGUCCGAAAGAUUUGUCAAGUAUCUUAGAUCGUUUAUACGCAGCGGCCCUCCUGGAUAUGCUCCUUAUUGUGAAGGAAGACUAGUAAGAACGUUUAAAAAUGGUCCUCGUGCGCAACCACCAAGUUGGUUAGAAUUACAGGCUACCAAAACUAAGAAACCUAUACUUCUAACUGUAACUUUAAUGGAUGAAUCUACAAAAACUGUGCAGUCUGACUCAGCGACAACGUCUGAGGAGGUGAGCCAACAAAUUGCUGAAAAUAUUAAUUUGAAUGAUAUGUUCGGAUUCUCAUUGUAUAUCACUCUUUACGAUAAAGUGCUCUCGUUAGGAAGCGAAGGAGAACACAUUAUGGAUGCUAUUUCGCAGUGUGAACAAUUCGCAAAAGAGCAAGGGACGCCAGAAAAGAGUGCCCCAUGGAGACUGUUUUAUAGAAAAGAAGUAUUCACUCCGUGGCAUAAUCCUGCAGAAGAUCCUGUGGCUACUAACUUAAUUUACCACCAAAUCGCUAAAGGCGUCAAGUUUGGAGAAUAUAGAUGUGAUGCAGAAAAAGAUUUGGCCAUUAUUGCCGCACAACAGCACUACAUUGAAUACGGUCCUCGCAUAGAUCCUAAUGUUUUAAGAAAAGUUAUUGUUAACUAUAUUCCAAAUCAUUUUAUACAAUCCAAUGAUGUAGCAUUGACCAAAUGGGAACACCUUGUAACCAAGGCAUUUGAGUCUUCACAAAGUAUUCAGUCUAAAAUAGACCCAUUGCGAUGCAAAGAGGAUAUAGUUAUAUUUGCGAAAUUAAAAUGGCCCAUGCUUUUCUCCAGAUUCUUUGAAGCCAUUAAAAUUAAAGGAGAAAUGAUUAACAAAGAUGUCGUAAUAAUUGCUGUGAAUUGGACUGGAAUAUACGUUGUUGAUCAAUUAGAACACAUACUUCUAGAAAUGUCCUUUGCUGAGGUUACCUACGUAGCAUACAAUGCUGACAAAGAUUAUGACAACGUAGGGACGAUAACUUUAAGAACAAUACAACAGGAAGAAUUAGUAUUCCAAAGUGUAGAUGCUAGUGAGAUGAGUUCAUUGAUAAUCUACUUGAUUGAUGGUUUGAAAAGGAGGUCAAUAUUUGUUGUAGCUCAAAGUGAUGCGCAAGGAUACAGUGACGCCUCCUCAUUCUUGCAAUACAAGAAAGGAGAUCUUAUAACUCUUUUGCAAGAUUGUACUGGGGAAACUCUAAUGAACGCUACUUGGGGACAUGGAGCGUGCAAUGGACAAGAAGGACUUUUCCCAACCGAGCAAGUAUAUAUUUUACCAACCAUGUCAGUACCUUCAAAUACAAUAUUAGAAAUUUUCAAAAAGGGCAAUAUCACGAAUGAUAAAAAAGCGUCCAAGUACAAUACUAUUCAAAGAAAACGUAUGCAUACUUUAGAGAAGUACUCCAAGGAUAACUUUAGAGAAAAUUACGAUAUAAACGCCACAGUUCGCAGCACGUCAACAUUAACUACAGCUAAGAAGGCAAUUACUGGUGACUUGUGGGCGCACACUCGUGAUCCUAUUCGAAAACCAUUAUUAAAGAAACUAUUAGGUGAUGAAAAAGUUGAAAAAUGUGCAGUCGCUAUGUUCAUCGGUAUCCUAAAAUACAUGGGAGAUAUGCCAGCACCGAAAGCGAGAAACGUUACCGAAUAUACGGAUGAGAUAUUCAGAUCGAGUGGAAUCGACGUCGGUUUACGGGAUGAAGCUUAUUGUCAAAUCAUGAAACAGUUGACUAAUAAUAGAAUACAGCUGAGUGAAGAACGUGGAUGGGAACUUAUGUGGCUUGCUACUGGCGUAUUUGCUCCUGGACAGGUGUUAAUAAAAGAGUUGGUAGAAUUCCUGAAAACUCGACCACAUCCCAUAGCUAAAGAAUGUCUGAAACGCGUCUUCAGAAUACAAAAGAGUGGCCCCAGAAUGUAUGCUCCAUAUGUGGUAGAAGUUGAAGCGAUACAACACCGAAGCAUGCAGAUAUACCAUAAAGUGUACUUCCCAGAUGACACAGAUGAAGCAUUUGAAGUAGAUUCUUCAACUAAAGCGAAAGAUCUUUGUGAACAGAUUGCUGGAAGACUAAAUAUUAAAAACAGCGAUGGCUUCAGCUUAUUUGUCAAAAUAACUGACAAAGUAUUCUCUGUUCCCGAAAAUUAUUACUUCUUCGAUUUCGUGCAUGAGCUUGUCGAAUGGAUGAAAGCAUCGCGGCCUGUUCGCGCUGCUGGAUCACAAUUGCAACUAAAUUAUCAAAUAUUCUUUAUGAAGAAGCUUUGGAUCAACACAGUUCCUGGCAGAGACAAGAAUGCUGAUCAGAUAUUCUAUUUCCCUCAAGAACUACCUAAAUACUUGCGAGGUUACCACAAAACCUCGAAACAGGAUCUAGUUGAUUUAGCCAGUCUUAUUUACAGAGCACGGUUUGGAAGCGACCAGUCGUUGCUACCACAAAUUGGCCAAAUGCUAGAAGAGUUUAUACCUCCAGAUAUGGUUAGGAUACAAUCGGCCUCGUCGUGGAAGUCGAGUAUUACUGCAGCAUAUUUGAAACAUGGAAUUAUGACUGAAAAUGAAGCUAAAGAACAAUUUUUGAAGAAAAUAUACCAACUGCCGACAUUUGGAACUGCAUUCUUUGAAGUUAAACAGACGUCGGACCCAUCUUAUCCUGAGUUGGUCGUAAUUGGGAUUAACAGAAACGGUGUCAGCGUUAUACAUCCUCAAAGUCGAGAUCUUUUGGUGACGCAUCCUUUCUCGCAACUUUCAAAUUGGUCCUCUGGGAAUACAUUCUUCCACAUGACUAUGGGUAACUUCUUAAGAGGGACGAAGAUUCUUUGCGAAACCUCUUUAGGAUACAAAAUGGACGACCUGAUAUCAUCAUACAUUGCUGUACUACGUCAAUCAUUGAAGCAAAAAUAAUACAUUUUAAUUUAUAUAUAAAAAAAGAUUAGGCACCUACUGCAAUGCAACCUACCGAAUGUUGAUACGAAUAAAUAUGCUAUUUUGCGGAAAGUUAUCCUCAGAUCACACGAUGUUUAUUGAGAAAAUGUACUAAUGUGAUAUGAUAUAUCCCGAUCCUUGUCAAAAAAAUCGAGCAUUUUUUGUAGCCUUAAUUUACCGUUUUAUAUAUAUACUUAAUACCUGUACUACGACAGUAAAGGAAUUAAAAAUAGUAUAGAUAACAAAUAGUAUAGAUAUUUGAGACGCCUGUUGUCUCCUUCGCAUAGGUGCCUACUUCAACAGCGUAUAGUGUGGACGACUUUUCUGAAAAUUGCCUGAAUAUACAUUAUUUAUACAAAACUGA